GAUUAAUGAUGGCUGCAUUCGCGGGUAUUGGCACGGGCUUUGGUGGUCUUGCUGGUGGCUUAAUAUAUGAUAAUCUUGGUGCUCGUGCGAUGUUUGUAGCGGUCAUUUUUAUUACGACUAUUUCUCUUAUUAUAUAUUGUUGGGGAGACGGUAUUCAACUGGCUCGUCCUUCUUCAAAUGCUCCUUGGAACUUUGUAGAGGGGUCUUCUGAUGACCUGAGACAAAUUUCUGGUGUAAGAACAAUAAUGAGUGUUGAAACUGUGCAAAAUAAGAAAAAACCACAUCGUCUUUUAUCUUGGAGCGAUGAUGAUGACGACGAUGAGUACAGAUACGCUUGA